AACGAGCUCCGUUUCCAGGACUUCAGAGCCACAGUCCAGCUGGAGAAAGAACUGAGAGAACAGAAGAAUAAUUCAUUCCUGCAGAUCUUACGAAUCUUCCUGAAUGGCCUCUUCUUCAAGGAGAAAAUUGAUGAGAAACAGUAUCGUAACAUCUUGACCAAGCAUGAAAAGUCCAUCCAGACAGGAGAGGAGGGGAUCCGAGCUGAGCUGCAGAGGCGGGAGAGGAGGUGAUGGCAGAUGAGAAGCUGCGGAAGGACCCUGUUGCCAUGCAGGAGGCUCUGGAGAAACUCCACCCACAGUAUGUCCAGAGGAUGAACUCAUUAUUGAAAGAGCAACAGGAGUCUGUGAGACAGGACCUCAGUACUGCUGGACUACCACAGAAUGAGCUGGAGAAAAUCAUGUCCAAGUUUGUUGACAACAUGGCAACAGUUGACAGGCUGAUGGGAGAGCAGUUUGCCAGACAGUCACUGGCUUUACAAGAACGUCUGGCCAAGAGACAGAGGCUGGCAGGAGAGCACACCUCUGCACAGAACAGGGAGGAGGAGGAGGUGGAGGAGAGGAUGAACCAGCAGCACAUCACUCUGGACAAACUCUGUCAGGACACCAAGCUACUGGACAAGCAGAGGGACAGUAUCUGGGCACAGUACCAGUCUGACAUGCAGAGGGUUGAGGAGAACUACAAUGCAGACCUGCAGGUUCAGCAGGACAUGCUGAAGGAGAAGCUGCAGCAGCGCAGGCAGCACAAGCUGCAGAAACUGGCAGCAAAGGAGGAGACGGAGAGGGAGGACCUUAACAACUCAGCUGCAGAAGGCCAGACUGAUCCCAAAGACUUUGUCAAGGCCCAACAUGACCUGAUGAUACAGCAGCAGCAGCGCAGGCUCAACAUUCUAGAGGAGCUGGAUGAGACUGAGGCUGAAGAACUGAGCAUGCUCAAACAGCAACUUGACACCAGCCGUGGACAGCUGCUGUUGGAACAUGACCAGUCCCUGUACGAGAACCUGCAGGCACGGGCACAGCUGUCGGAGAAGGAAGCCCGCAAACUCAUGAAGAAGCACCAGAUUCACAUGAAGAACUUCCAGGAACGUCAGGAUGAAGAAAGGGAGAGGCAACGAGAACAGCUGGAUGCCAAGUUGGCUCAAAGAAGAAGAAAAAUGGAGGAGCAGAGUGCUACAACCCAGGCAGAGCAGAAGAUGCUGAACGACCAGCAGGAGAGGGCCAUCACUAUGUUACUGGACACCCAGGCAGGACUCACAGAGGAGGCCAGGAAACAGAUAAUGAAGGAACAUGAACAGAACAUGAUCGCUGUGAACAACCAGCUGCAGAUCAGCCGUACUCGGCAACAGAAGAUCCUAGAACAGAAGCUUGCCCAGCGCAGGGCCAAACUGGAAGCUAAGACCAAGGCAAAGCAGGAUGAGAAAAAGAUGCUGGAGGAGGAAUAUGAGGAGAUGGUCCAGCAGCUGGAGGAGGAGCGUCAGCAGGCCCUCACUGAGCUCAGGAAGAGGCUAGCAGAGGAGACGGACCAGGCACUCAAGGCCCAGGAUGAACAGCUGGGUAAGGUGAUUGCCAGACUCCAGCUGGGGCAGGCUCGCCGGCAGUCCAUCAUCAGACGUCAGGAGAAGGCCAUCAAGGAGCUACAAGAACAGCUGGUGGACAAGGUGGCUGAGUCUGGUCAGGUGUCAGACACGAAGACCGAGCGGAUCCUACAGAACCACUACCGUGAGGUGGAGCUGAUUAACGAGCAGCUGCAGACCAGCAAGGAGAGGCAGAUGAGAGCGCUGCAGGAGAAACUGGAGGUCAAGCAGCUCAACAGGCAGAGAGCAAUUGAGGAAAAACUGGAUAAGGAAGAAAAGGAGCAGCUGAAGUAUGAAGCCAGAAGGGGAUCAUUGUCUGCGUCUGCUGCCCUGACAAAGUUGUUGAUGGACCGGCGCCACCAGGCGGCCAUAGAUGACCUGGAGCGGGAGAUGAAGCUGGAGCUAACCCGACAGACGGACCAGCUCAACCAGGAGCUGGAGGAACAGAUGAGGGGGGAGCUGGAGGACCGAGAGAAAGACCUGCUGUCCAAGCUAGCUGUGAUGGGAAACAUGUCCAAAAAGCAGCUAACUGAGGCAGUGGAGGAAGCUGUGGAAAAAGUGGGAGGAACUGCAGAUGCCAAGAAACUGACCAAAGACUUGGCCAAGAGGAUGAAGCGACCAGGCACAGCAGGGGUGGGAGCAGAAAGGGAUGAAGACAUUGAUGAUUAUAGGUUUCGACCAAAAACAGCUACAGGAGACGGUUAUGAUGAUGGUGUGCGACCAGGCAGACUUCCUAAGCUCAAGAAGAAGAAACCCAAGAAAGCUUUCACAGAUGAUUAUGAUGAUGAAUAGUUAAUUCCUUAUUUCGAAGGAUUAUUGGACAAUCAACGUUAUGUUUCAUGUAAUACGUUUUAAGGAAUCAAACUUGCUCUUGUCCUUGUGUCAAAUGAAGUGUUUUUAUGCUUUGAGCGGCCAUCAGGCUUCAAACAAAAUUACAAUUGAUUUAUCAUUAGUAUCUGUAUUUGUUCCAGUUAAUAUUUUUGUAAACUAGUAUUUGUUAAACAUGAAGUAUAGAGACUACAUAGGGAUAUUCUUUUUAAAAUAUAUAUUGCUUUCUAUCAAUAUGAAUGUCAGGUCAAGCAUAAACCUUCCUCAAUGUAUUUUGCACAGGAAUAAAAAAAAUCAUCUU